AUGGCCCCAAAGAUCAACAGGCUUGUUUGUCAAUUUCCAAACUUUAAGCGCGUUUUCCGAAACAAGUCAGGUCUCACUCAGCACAUACACGCCAAGCAUCCAUUACCCCCACAAACUCAGGAAGAACUCAAUCGAAUGGCUCUGCCUGCAGGUCCUGGCUUUAUUCCUCCAAGGCAACAUUCUCCCACUCAAGCGGAAAAUCAGGGUAUCGACGAGCAGGAUGACACAGGGUUUGUACCUGAGGAAGGCACUUGGGUGGACAUGGGGCGUUUGUUUCAGACUUUCCAUCCACAUAUGACUGGAUGCAAAUGUGAUGUUAAUGGUACAUUUAUUGACCAGGAUGCACCCCCACUGCCUCGUACAGAUACCCCAUCAACUGACUGGAUGCCCUAUAAUGAUAGGGUCGAAUUCGAGACUGCAGAGUUUCUAUUUACAUGCAACCAGAUGUCCACCAAACAAAUCGACACUCUACUCGACUUAUGGGCUGUGACUCUGAUAAAACAUAAUGAUGCUCCCCCUUUUGCUAACCACAAGAACAUAUACGCUACCAUUGAUGCGACACCACUUGGGGAUGUCCCUUGGAAGAUGUUCUCGAUGUGUUUCAAUGGAAUCAAACCGGAACAAAAUGUGCCACCAUGGAUGAACAUACAGUAUGAUGUAUGGUAUAGAGAUCCACUGCAAAUUGUGUGUGACAUGCUCGCAAACCCUGCCUUCAACGGGGCAUCAAAUAUUCACCGUACCUGUGAUUACACCAGUGACUGGGCAUGGAACCAGGUAGAUCUCAUUGCUGAAAACCAAGAGACUUAUGGUUUGAUGUUUGUGCCAUUGAUUAUUGGCAGUGACAAGACAGUUGUAUCUGUUGCUACAGGCCAAACAGAAUACCACCUGCUAUAUAUUUCCAUUGGCAACAUCCACAAUAGUGUACAAUGUGCACAUCACAGAGGCAUUGUUCUCAUUGGGUUCCUUGCAAUACCAAAAUCUACAAAGGAAUACAACAAUGAUACUAACUACAGGAACUUUCGACGUCAACUCUUCCAGCAGUCACUCGCCAAAAUAUUCGAGUCUGUGAAACCAUUCAUGGAAACCCCCAACAUCACAUGCUUCCCUGAUGGUCACUUUCGACGAACAAUAUAUGGCUUAGGUCCCUAUAUAGCUGAUUAUCCAGAGCAGGUGUUGCUCUCUGGCAUCCUGCAGAACUGGUGUCCACGGUGUCUGGCAAACAGCAAGGACCUUGAUGGUGGUCAACCAUGUCUGCAUCAAUGCAAAGCGCACACUGAGCUACUCAUUGAACAGCUAACAUAUAGACAGGUUUGGCAAGAGUAUGGUACCAUUGGUGAUCUUAUAAUUAAGGGAACAUUCAAGGACCACUUGGUUGACUGGGUAGAAAACUAUCUAAAUAUCACGCAUGGUGCUCGCCAUGCAGCCAAAAUUAUGGAUGACAUUGACCGCAGGAUAGCAGCAGUAGCCCCAUUCACAGGGUUAUGGUGCUUUCCUGACAGGCAUGGAUUCCAGCAGUGGACUGGUGAUGACUCCAAGGCCUUGAUGAAGGUGCACACAUUUGGUGCAUUCCUCAAUUUCUGUUAUCUCGUACAGCAUGAGGCUCUCACCAAAACUGACCUUCACAUAAAGGCCCUGAAAGAACCCUGGCACCGCUCUAGCAGGUUCAAGGCACUUGGUCAAAUGUUGCUGACCAACCAGCAUUUAGACAAACUCGCAGCUGCACUCACAGAUUUUGAAGCACAUGACAUGCUUCAUGGCUCUUGCUUAUCUGAGGCUUUGCGAGAAAAUCAAUCUGUUGAGGUAGACGCUGGUGACAUUCUUGAUGGACCAACUGUAAUAGAAUCCCACAUCGAACUUGCAGUGACACCACACUUUGAUCUUAACCUUCCAUGCUUCCCUCUCAUGAUCCAAGAAUUCAUCCAUGACCAGCAACAUUCAGAUGACCCCAACCCUCCUGAGUAUGAUCCUGCAACAGCUCAAUUAUUCUUAGGGAAGUUGACCAUCUUUAACUCUGCUGCAGCAUCAUUCUAUGCACCCAGCGAUCUGAGUGGUACUGGAGGUAUGCACUGGGAGCACAUCCGGGCAACACCAUCAUGGUGUGGUGGCCCUUGCAGGAACGACUGCAUAUUCAUUAACAUGGGUGCCAACUUAGACUCUCCUAUGGGUGGACUUGCAGUUGCAUGGGUCUUGUGCUUUUUCUCUUUCAGCAAUUGGACAUCGCAUUAUCCCUGCACUGUUGUUCAUUGGUAUUCUCAUGUACUUGAGGGACGUGAUCCUGACACAGGCAUGUAUGUUGUCACUCCCACAACAAACAAUGACGACACUCCAGAUGUCUCUAUUAUUCAUGUCGACUGCAUUUUUCAUGCCACCCAUCACAUUCCAGUAUAUGGACUGGACUUUAUUCCUAUCAUCAGUCUGCACGACUCAUACAACAUGUUCAACUCAUACUAUGUCAAUAAAUAUGCAGAUCAUCAUUCUUUUGAGAUAGCAUGA